AUGGCUACCGCCGCCAGCGGCGGCAGCGGCGGUGGCAUCGUUGACGUUGGCGCCAACGGUCCCUCUGACACCGCCGUUGCCGCCACGGCCGUGGCGGGGGUCCUCCCCUCGGACACCGCCUGCCGCACCGAUACCACGUCCUUGGCGUAUGACACAGCACGUGCGCUCGUCAACCACGCCCGGGCUCAGCCGUACAACCCCAUGUUCACGUGGGGCCGUGUUGCCCUGAAGGUUCCCGAUCGGCAUCCAAGCGACCUGCCGCCCCUAGCGGAUUGGACCCGGCCUUACUGCGAGGCGCUGGCGGGAGAGGGGGUCGCCCUGCUAGGCGUGUACGUGAGGCAAGGUUGCAUCCACAUCGUUUUGGAUUUUCUGGACAUGGCAGCCGGCAGCAGCGACAGCGACAGCGGUGGGAUUCGGAGCAACGGCAGCAGUAGCGGCAGCAGCAGCGGGGCCGGGCCGCACCCAGAUCCCCGCGCGAUCUCGUCCUCACAUCGUGUACGACACCCUCUGAGUGGAGAGCGCGGAGGUGAGCGCCUCUGCAGCAGUGGUGGCAGCAGCAGGAGCAAUAGCCGGCGCCACCUUUGCGGUGCGGCAACGGUGGCGGCAGGCGAAUCCACCACCGCCGCUGCCGCCGCCGCCGCCGCCGCCUUCCUCAGCCGCUCCAAUUCGGUACACGGCCGCGCAUCAGCUCCUGGCGACCUGCCGCCACUGCCGCUGGGCGAUUUGAGCGUUCGUGAGCCGUCAGUUCUGCAGCAGCAGCAACAGCAACAUCAGCAGCAGCAACAACAACUGAGGCGCAACCGUCGUAACGCACCUGCGCGCGUGAUGUCAGCAACGGCGGCGGGUGCCGUCGCCGCAACGGCGGCGGGCGCGUCGCGCGUGACGGCUCUUGCGCGUGUCGCCUCCGUGUCCGCUACUGCAUCUGCCGCCAGGGGCGGAAGGGCCCAGGGCCGCUACGGCAGCGGCGGUGGCGACGACGACGACGACGACGAUGAUGACGAUGGCAGUGGUGGCGCCUUCGGCACCGGCGCUGCCGCGCCGAGCAGGCUCCACAUUAUGUCGCCGCGCCGGCUGCGCCAGCUGCGUCGCGCGAGCGUGUCUUCCCUGCAGCCUGUUGGCGGGUCAGCUACGGCGGCGGCCGUAGGGCCAGGGGUGCCGUCUGCGGCGGCGCCGCCGCCGCCGCCGCUGCCUCCGGCUGCUGCUUCCUCCCAGCGGCUGCGGGAUGUUUUGACGCCCGAGCUACUCGUACAGCUUUUGGGACCGGACAUCGGCGGCGGAGGCCAGACCGUGACGCCCUGCCGCACGUCGUUGUUGGGAGACCAGAUGCCCGCGGCGGCGCUCAGGAGGGUUCUGCCGCAUGACGCAUUACGUCGUGCUGAGGUGCUGUGCCUGCAGCUGCCUGCACCGCCAUCCCACCCGGGCCUUAUGUUUGUGGAGUGCCAGCGGGGGGGCCUGCUCGGGGCGGCGCUGCCGGUGCUUGUGGCGCCGAAUGCCGGGGUAUGGCAGGAGGUGGCGGCGCUGCAAGACGCUGCCGUACAGGGGGAGGACGGCGCCGCCAUUGCCGCAGCACAGCGCCUGGUUAUGGACUUGGGGCUGUGGCUGGACUACCAGGCAACCUCCUCGGCGCCGCUGUCGGCCACCGCGUCAUCACCGCCAUCACCGGAAUCUCAGCAGACCCCCGGGCCGCUGCCCCAGCGACCGCAGCAGCAGCAGCAGCAGUAUGAGGUGCAGCCGCCGGCUACAGCACGGCAUCCUCACUAUCGGAUUUCGUCACAGCUGAUACAGCCGCAGCAGCUGCCGCAGGUGCCGCCUACAUCUGGUGGCAGUGCCGUACAAGUGCUGACGCCGCCGCCGCCGCCGCAAGCCGUGUCGCCUGGAGCCGCAACGGGCCGCGGGCCAUCUCGCGACUCAGUGCGCGCAUCCCGUGCUGCUGACGCCGCUUCAGACCCUGCCAUUGCUGCAGCUGCAUGUGGUGCUACUGCUGCAGCGGCAUGGGAAAGCGAGCAGCUCCUCACGAGGCCGGGUAUCGAUGACGGUGACGGUGAUGGGGUCAGCGGCGGCGGGGGCGGAGGCGGCGGCGGCGGCGGGGGGGCCUUGGGGCGACUUUUCGGCCAAUCGCUGCUGCGGCUGCUGAAUGAAGUGGAACCCGUAGAACAACCACCACCACCAUCGCUCCCGCCGCCGCCGCCGCCGCCACCGCCGCGCAUAGAGGGCUUGCGGCGCUUGGAGGAAAUGCUGGCGCUGGCUGAGCAGCACCAUCAACAUCAACCUCACCAUCAUCGUGUGCAGCAUGCACACGAUGGGCGCACAGUGGUUCCUGCUCGGCCUAUCUCUGCCGACGUCCCCCCCGCCAUAGCUGCCGUUGGUGGCAGUGCUGCUGCGACUGCUGCUGUACGACCUCCGGUGCUGGCGGCGGUCACGACGGCGGGACCCACGCGUGGUAAGGAGGCGGCGGCAGGAGGUGCUGCAGAGGCGGCGGGCUUCGGGCUCCUGGAGCCGUAUGUGGGUGUAGCGUACGGCAGUAGCCCUGGGCCGAGCACUGACGCCGAGGGUGCGGAGGUAGCGGAGUUUAUGAGGGCCAUCAGCGACCCACAGGCCCACCGGCUGCUGGCGGAGGCGGCGCCGGCGAGGACGAGGACGCGGACGCCAGAGAGGCUUCGGGACGGUGUGGGCGCGGAUGACGUGGCCGAGACGUGUGCGGCGGCGGCGCCGCCGCUCCGCUUCGCAGCUGAGGAAGGAGCAGCUGAGUUGGGUACAGGGCCGCCGCCGCCGCCGUCGCUGCUGGCGGAGGCGGCAGCGGCAUCUAAACACGGGGUACCUCCUCAGGGUACCGGCGGCGGUGGCUCUCGGCAUACCAGCAUUGGCGGUGGUGCUGAUGGCGGCCGUCAUGUGAGGGGUGGCGCCAGUGGUGCCGAUGUGGCGGCAGUAGAGCCGUCGGCGGCGGCGGAGGUGAUGGGUGCUGACGCGGCGCCGUACCCGCAACCCGAGCAGGCUCCGCAAGGAGGUGUGGAUGUCGAGGACCGGACCAGCCAUCCAGGUCCGGCGUCCAACACCGCGGGGUGUCUGGCGCAGGGGAUGAAGUUCACUGACUGGCUGCCGUACAUCAAAGCAGCCCCUGGCUGUAGCAGGAUGGAGGUGGCCGUGGGCGCCGGCGGCGGCGGCAAAGCUGCUGCCGUGGCCAGCGACGCGGGGGAGUCACGACCAUCACCACCUGCGCCGCCGACGACGACGCAUGUGGACCCGGCCUCGUCGGGAACUGGCUCGGCAAAUAUUGAGGGGGCUGAAGCCGACGACGUCGUCGGUUCGAGUCCAGCCGUUAGCGCAGAACUUCUGGCGCUGAGUCCCGUAGAGGCCGCGACCCUUUCUCAUGUCUUGACCUCCUGCAGGUCUGGCCCGUCCGCGCGGGCCGGCGUCAGCGACAGCCUGACUCUGUCGCUCGUACGUACGGAAUCAUCGGGUACAGAGUUGCGCAGCUGGGACAGCUUGACGGAUGUACCACUGGGGAUGUCGGCGACGCUGCCGCCGCCCCUGCCGUCGUCCGGGCCGCUGGCGGAGGCGCUGCCGCCACCCCCGCCGGCCCGGACACCGACAUCGUCCACCGUCGCCGCGCCGUCGGCGUCGGCGUCGCCAUCACCGCGUCCCUCCUUGCACUUUGGCGCCGAGGGCUCCCGGCUACGUCUGUGUGGAGCUAACGCCAACCUCGUCGCCGCCGCCGCUGAUGCCGUCCUGUCACCAUCCGAACACGCCAGCGGCAGUGCCGCCGUCAGGAACCGCUCAAGUGAGGCGCUGCGACGCAGCCGUCCGCGGUCCGAGAGCCCCCCCCCAGCGGAGCUAGUGGCACGUGCUGCCACUGAACCGGCGCUGCUGCAGCCGCCCGUCACCGCGGGCGAUGGAUCCUGCACGAGCCCAUCGUCGUUAUCGUCGUCGUCUUCACCGUCGCCUUCGCAGCAGCAACACCAGCAGCUAGAGCGCCCGGCAGUCGGGUCAGAAGUCAAAGCGCCCGCGGCAGCGGCGUCGGAGCUGGCAUCGACGGCGAUGAUGGUCCUUGGGGCCCCACCGGAAGGGCCAAGAAUCGACAGCGCAGCACCGCUGCCGGCAGUAGCAACAGCUAUUGCUACUGCUGCUACCUUAGCAGUGGAAGAGGACGUGGCCACCGGACAGCUGCAGCAACACCCUCCCGUAGCUGUAGCAACAGCCGCAGUAGCACCUGUCCGUACGUCGUCCUCCGUCCACACGACAGACGUGACGUCAACGAGCCUCCCAGCAGUUGGAACGGCGGCGACGGCGCCUCCGCCGCCACCGCCAUGGCAGCCGCAGCAACAACAGUCUCAGGGCGUCUGGCCCGCCUUCUUCGCCACCGCAGCUCCGGGAUCUGCGUCGCAGCUGCACACCCGCAUGCGGCACCUGGGGCUGGGGCUAUUGGCGUUCGCAGUGCGUCGCGGCUGGGUGCACACCACGAAGGAGCUGCUGAUGGGGCUUGCUCGGGUGGGCGUCGGCUUGGCGGCGGCGGACGCUGGCGUUACGUCCAGGGAGGGCGGCAUGAGCCUGCUGCACUUGGCGGUGUCGGCGCGCAAGCCGGAGAUGCUGCAUGUGCUGGUGCUGGCGGCGGCGGUGAAAGCAGACGUCACUGCAGCUGCCGCUGCCGCCGCCGGCGCCAGUGGCGGGGUGGUUCAGGAGGGGAAAGUGUUCGCGUGGGAUGUAGGUGUGCGUGGUCCCAUGGGUCUCACGCCGCUUCAUCUCUCGGUCGCCCUGGAUGACUUAGGAGAGACGGCGGCGCUGUUGUUGGAGACCUUUCCCGACGCGCCCGCGCUCUGGUUUACAGCCGCAGACGACGGCGGCUGCACGCCGGCGGAGAUGGCGGCGCAGGCGCGACUGGAGGGGGUGAACCGCUGGGCGGGAAUGCUCCUGGCGGCUGGCGGCGGCGCAGCGGCCCGGCGGCUAGUGCCGCCGCCUUCGCCAUUACCGCUCGCGCUAUUGCAGGAUCAGCAAAACCAGCAGCAGCAGCAGCAGCAGCAGCAGCCAGCUAUGGCCUGGAAUGACGGCGAGGCGGCGGUCGCCACAGCUGCUGACACCGCCCUCCCUGCCGCUGUCACCUCCGCCAAGGAAGAUGUCUUCGGCCCCUGUCACCACGUUGACCCCUCGACCACCGCUGCCAGCGGCGGCAACAGCGGCGGCGCCGACCGGAGCAGCUGCGGGCUGAAGGGCUUCUUGCCGUCACUGGCGCAGUGGUGUUGGAGAGCGCUACUGGUGCUACGCCGCUGUCCGCCCCUGGACCACCAUACCCGCUACCACCAUGAUCAGCACCGGCAUUAUGGGAGCAGGGGGCCCCGCGAUGGGUCGUGGCUUCGCAGCAGUCUGGCCGGCUUCGCCGACCCACGGGUCGAGGCAAGAUACCGGAUGUACCGGACCGCGUCACUCUCCGUCCUCGAUAACACGUGCGGCGUCAUGUUCACAGCCUUCUUCCUUGUGCCCGCGCUGGACCUGCUACGAAACCACCGCUUCGGCGAGCUGGCCAGCCAUUGCACCUUCAACGCCGGCUUACUGGGGCCUUAUGUGCUGCAUGCGGUCGCCCCCUCGGUGUUCCGCCGUCACCGUGAUGUGGUGCUGUCAUUUGGAGACCUGAUGAAGGUGCUGCUGCACAAGUGUCUCCAGGUGUUUCUGUCGCUUCUGGGUGCGCUCCCCCUCCCGCGGAUCUGGUCGGACUUUGCCCGGCAUCGCCUGGACGUCAUCAUGCUGGUGGUCAUCAAGCCGCUGUCGGAGCAGCGCGCGGCGGCAGUAAUUUCCGACACGCACAUCUACGCAAGUGUGCUGUACGGCGGUGCGCUCGCACCGGCGGCGUUGCGCGCCCUGAUGCAGAACGCAGCGGCACUGGGCCUGCUGCUACUGCUGGACGUGCGCGCGCGGCUACGUUUCCUGGCUACAGCCGCGGCCGAAGGCGCCAGCAGCGGUGGCGGCAGCGGCAGCGGUUCCGAUGGCUCGGCCAGCACCACAUAUUGCAAGGCUGUUACUGAUGAUGAUGAUGAUGAUGCUGUCGCUCAAGGUCCCGCUACUUCCACUGCCAGCGGGGGGAUUGUUUCAGGUGCAGUCAACAGGAUUAAAUGUGAGUAG